AUGGGUCACAUCCGAGAAAUGCAUCGAAAAUCAGUCACAGGUACAGAUGCUGAAUUCGGGACGACAAAUCGUGCGAACGUCUGGGUGGGGGCUAGUGUGGGUCUUGUAAACAAGCUGGAGAAUGCAGCAGAUAUUGUCGAAGAGGUCAGAACAGGUGUCACGCAGGUCUUGAAGAGUAGCACCGCUCGCCUGUAG